AACAACAUUUUCCCACCACGCCUAUAAUGGCAGGUGCCAAAGGCACCCUGACGUUAAAAAUAGUUGUUUCUAAUUAAAAGGCUAUUAAUCUGUAACAUUUUUUUCAUUUUUGCAUUUCAGUACUUCCAGUGGUUUGAAUCGAUAAUUGGUUUUUAAUUACAAUAUUGUUUAAUUUAUAGUUUGGCAUAUGUUGGUGAAGUCUUCAACAAACAGGAGUGAAAGGUUUUCCGCUUUAAUUGCAAUUACGAGGAACUACGGUAUUGAUUCUCGCAUCAUAUCAUCAUUGGGAGUAAAAAUAACUCCAGCAUGACUACAGACAUACCUGUUGAAGCAAUAGCCAGCCAUAACAAUAUGGUUUUUGAAUUAAGUCAAAAAAUGAAUCGGUCAGAUUUUACAAACUUGAUAGACCUUCUCCGUGGAUACCCACUUUGCUCACUAGCGGAGAUUGCAUCUAUAACAAGACUACAGGACCUGUUUGUUAAACUCAUGGAUCAUGAAUACAUUGGCUAUGGAAACUAUCGAGAGUUCUUAACAAAUCUGAAAAAAAUAAAACCAUCCCUGUGCUCAAUUGUAAAACAGUACUCUGAAGAAAUUAACAGAAUCAUCGACUGGAAUAAAACGGAAAGAACCACAAAUUCAUUGGAGGAGGAAUUAAAUCUGUUCUCAAAGCCAGGGGUGAGGAUCCGUAUAGACAAUGGUAAACGCUUUUCUGGAUAUCCACACCCACAUUCUCUCGUUAUAAAAAGCAUAAGGAAAACAAAACACAAAGAUUGCUUCCAAUGCAUUGUGAAAGUCGAGAGGGAAAAAAGAAAAAAUGAAGAUGAUGCUGUGCUGGAUGUGUUGUACUCGGAUGAAGACACCACAGUUUCCAGACGGAAAUUACGCCCAAAAUCAUCCAGAGGAAUAGACACCAAUAAACAAGAACCGUCAACAUGUCGGAAAAGGAAACAAUCCGACUGCCAGUCGACAGAACCGGAACACCAAGUGACCCGGCAGAAAAAAAAGGUUGGAAACACAACAGGCGACAGGAAAAACCCAGCAGCAACACGUAAACCACAAAGUGAAGGAUGCUUAGAAAAAGUGUCUCCAAAUCCUCGAACAGAAAUUACCAAGUUUGUGGGACGAAAAAUACUUCACGAGUGGUGUGUAGAUGAAGCAACUGGAUCUAUGAAAUUGUAUAAGGGUAAAGUGCUUGGUGUCUUGAAAGGCAAGGACGGUCAGCCUGAUGCAAAAUAUGAGGUGUUAUAUGAGGGCGAGGAUGAUUCUUAUGAAGUGGGAGAUCUGCAUCAGAAUCUAAACGAUUCAUUUCUAAAAUUUAUAGAUGAUUAACGUAACUUUAUCUAUGCUCAUCUUUAUUGAUGAACAAGAACAGUACAAUGGUGUUUUACUGUUAUUAGUUUUUAAUCGAUACUGGUUUAUAUUUAAGGUCAUUUCUUACAUCUUCAUGAAUACUAACAGAGAUAAGUUCAUUGAUAUAAAUAAUGUACAUACCAUGAUUAUAACCUUAUUUAUGAUUGUAGUCAUCACAGCUAACUAGACCAUUAUUUGCUUAAAGUAACAACAACUGAAUGCAACAUACAUGAACAGUAUAUCACAUUUAUGAUUGGAAUAUUGCUUGUUGCUAGGGGGCCGCGGUGGCCGAGUGGUUUAGGUGUCCCGACACUUUAUCACUAGCCCUCCACCUCUGGGUUGCGAGUUCAAAACCUACGUGGGGCAGUUACCUGAUACUGACCGUAGGCCGGUGGUUUUUCUCCAGGUACUCCGGCUCUCCUCCACUUCCAAAACCUGGCACGUCCUUAAAUGACCCUGGCUGUUAAUAGGACGUUAAACAAAAACAAACCAAGCAAACCUGACCUUGUUGCUAAUCACAGCUUCAAGACGUUGUCUUUUCGGAAACAAUACAGCGGUGACAUAAACAUAUAACAGACAAGUGUUAAAUCUGAAGUUAAUAAAUAAAAUACAGAUUCAAAAUGUAUAGGGGAGAUAACUCCCUUUUGUGUGAUAGAAAGAAAAAGGACAAUGAUGUGUUGUAUUAUUUGUAUUAUUUUUAUUUCUUUGGUAAGUUCAUGUGUUUGUAUUUUCCUAAUCUAUUGUCAUGACAAUAUCAUUUUUAGGUCAUAUGACCCAAAGGGUUAUGCCAAACCAACUGUAUUUUUUAUUUUGACCUGAUCACAGUUCAACUGCUGUGUAUAACAUCAUCACAUGUAAAGUAAAUACCAGGGUCUUAUAUGGAAGACCAGGUCUGAGGGAUAAUUCCAUUAUCAGAGGGUAUACAUGCAGAUCUUUGGAUUUGGGAUUUUGAAGCAUCUUUGUCUUAUGGACUAUACAUCUUGUUAUUUAUGUAGUCAUGACUAAUUAGACAUAGUAUGUGGGUUGAUGAACAUGUACCUAGUUAUGUUUUGUACAAGAUGGUUAAAUAGUCAUUUUUAAUUAAAACAUCUUGUUCAUUCUGUUGUCAUGGUACAACUGAUGUUAUGAUGGUAAAGUUGAAAUUGUUUUCUUUAAUGGAAAGGGCCUUGUUUUUAGGUCAUCUGCCUUGCAAUUAGCUGCUCGACCGUUAGCAUGGAGAGAGUCGGCAUUUAUUGAAUAAAAUUGAUUGAAAAUA